AUGAGCGUGAACAAUGAUGAAGUAUCAGAAACAUAUUGGAAAGAUUUAGCGGAGGAAAGGAGAAGAGGCCUAAAGGAAGCACUGGUCGAAAAUGAACGACUGACAAUAGAAGUAGAAAAGUUACGUGAGGAAAACACAAGACUGUCUGAAAUGGCACAAGAAGCUGAAGCUCUGAAGGAAUUACUCAAGGAUGUGAUAUCUGAUGAUGAAGAGGCAGAAAGUCCUGAGGAUACAGAAACACAGAUCCAAGAACUUGACCAAUCUGCACAAGAGCCAAAUCACAAUUCCACCAGUGUAAAGGACCAGCCUGACCUAUCAACCAACCGGAUGAAAUCUGAUGAUGAGAGCUCAUCUUCCUAAUACAGUUCUACUUUUAAACAAUGUCAAUGCAGUAUUUUAAAUGUCAGUCAAGUUUGUAUUUGUUAUUUUACUCAACUUUUCAAUGAAAUGUAAAAUGUUUGUUUAAUUGGAUACAAUCUUUCAUACAUUUGGACUGGGAUCAGUAAACACUUGAUUUCAUUUUUUAAAUUUACUUUUUUGUAAGA